AUGGGCCCCCGUACCGACUCCUCAUGCUGCUGCCAGGCCCGUAAUCUGUCAUGGGCCCCUGUACCGCCUCCUCAUGCUGCUGCCAGGCCCGUAAUCUGCCAUGGGCCCCCGUACCGACUCCUCAUGCUGCUGCCAGGCCCGUAAUCUGUCAUGGGCCCCUGUACCGCCUCCUCAUGCUGCUGCCAGGUCCAGAGUGUGUCAUGGGUCCCUGUACGGCCUCCCAUUGCUGCUGUCUCCAUCGCCACACUCUGCCAUGUGCCACUUUCAGGUCUCCUCACACUGCUGGUGGGUUCCAAUUUGUCAUAGGGUGCUGGCAGAUUACGGGCCUCCCAUUGCUGCUGCCAGGCCCGUAAUCUGCCAUGGGCCCCCGUACCGACUCCUCAUGCUGCUGCCA